GGCGUUUGGGUGGCGUUUUUACAGACUGAGCCAGACUGACAAUAGCUAGUCAGGUAGGCUAUACAGUCAAUGGCUCGCACAGGCGGAAGGUCCGUGCGUAGGUCAGCGCAGUACUAUAAACUAGGCUUAAGUUGUUUACCCUGUCAACCAUCAGCUGACACGCCUCCACAUUACACGCAAGUAUGUUUUCAGUUUGGAGAAACCUGCAUUUAAGCCGUGCUGCCAUCUCGUCUUCGAGCUUCGCACCACGACAAACUCUGUCUAUUUGCAACGACAGCCGUGCUCCGUGGGUGAAUCCCAACAGGAAGAGUUCAGGGAAACGCUUCAAUGUUCCUGCGAGCGCAGAGUUUGUUGCCCGUGUGUCGGGGAUCCCCACCAUGGCUAAACUACCGCACCAGGAGACGGCAGACGGGCUUGAUGCGGCGUUUGUUGGCGUCCCGAUAGACACCGGGACCUCGAAUCGGCCUGGAGCAAGGUUUGGUCCGCGGCAGAUCAGAGUAGAGUCUGCCCUGCUGAGAGCGUACAACAGCGGCACCAGGGCGGCACCUUAUGAGUCCCUAAUGGUGGCCGACAUUGGGGACGUGAAUGUUAACGUUUAUGACCUGAAGGACACCUGCAGGCGCAUCAGGGAGGCCUACAGAAAGAUCCUGGCCACUGGCUGCAUUCCUCUGACUAUGGGUGGCGAUCACACGAUUGCAUAUCCAAUCCUGCAAGCUGUUGCUGAACGGCAUGGCCCUGUGGGUUUGGUCCAUGUCGAUGCUCAUGCUGACACCAGUGACGUAGUCUUGGGGGAGAAGAUUGGCCACGGGACUCCCUUCAGACGCUGUGUGGAGGAAGGGUUGCUGGAUUGCAAGAGAGUGGUCCAGAUCGGUCUGCGGGGUACAGGCUACUCUGCAGACUCGUACGAAUGGAGCCGGGCACAGGGUUUCCGUGUGGUCCAGGUGGAGGAGUGCUGGUUCAAAUCUCUUGCGCCUCUGAUGGCUGAGGUCAGGGCUCAGAUGGGCAGCGGUCCAGUGUACCUUAGUUUCGACAUCGACGCUCUUGACCCGGGUUUCGCCCCAGGGACGGGCACACCAGAGAUAGCCGGACUCACUCCCAUUCAGGGUGUUGAGAUUAUCCGCGGCUGCCGAGGUCUCAACCUCGUUGGAUGUGAUCUAGUGGAGGUGUCUCCACCCUAUGACACCACAGGAAACACCGCCUUGACAGGAGCCAAUCUCCUCUUUGAAAUGUUAUGCGUCCUCCCAAAAAUUAAAUACUACUGAACAUUCAGAACAGAAAAGAUUUUUAAGAAACAAUAAUAGUAAAUAAUGUCUUUCAGUAUAAUAAUGGAUAAUAAAUGCCACGUGGUAUGAACUGGUAAGGAAGGACAACUCUUCAAAAUGACAAAUAUGUGUUGUAAUCUGUAGACAUUUUAAGACAUCCAUGGGGUUUCCAUUACCCUUAGAAAUGCACAAAACACAAAUAUCACAAUAAAAGUGCAAUGGAAACACUUUUUACGCAAUCCCCCCUCACCGGCGUUACAGGAGAAGAUGCAAGGGGGCAUGUGACCAGUUGAUUUGCAUCCCAUUUCCUCAAAGUGAAGUCUCGCAUAAGAGAAUGGUGGGACAUCAUGAGACUUUACCAUUCAAUGGAAACACUAAUUAUCGAAAUUUCAGAAAUAUCACUAUUAUUUUGGAAAUGCAGCUAGUGUUGAACGCACUUU